AUGGUUGGUGGGAGCUCCGAGCUGGAUUCCUCCCCGUCGGCGACAAAGAGCGCUCCCGUUGAAGCAUCCAUGCCUGCCGAGUCAAGUAAGGCUUUUUUGUCUCCUUCCUUCCAAGAAGAGUCCAUCCGUUGUGAAUUUUUAACUAAUCAACUCUCUCUCUUUUUUUUUCUAAAAGACCCCAAAUCGGAGCUUGCCUCCCCGAGUACGGCCGCCGGGCAAUCAUCCCAACCGGCUGCUUCCUCACUCACAACGCCCGAAGGUCCAGGGGCCGCGUCCACGGACCAACCGACCGACGCUGUCAGGAAACAGCGUUCCCUCUUGCCCAUUCCGUCUCGAGCGUCAUCGAAAGCGGACGAGUCAACUCUGAACAAGGUGCCGGAGGACGCGCAGGAUGAGACGGGAAGACGCAGCUCCAAGUUAAGCCUUUCCAAGAGACGGAGAGACAAGAGUCGAGGGAGUAGCAGACGGUCGCGACGGGACAACCUGGAGAUGGUCAACAUGGACGAACCCAAGGUGUCGACUCCGUCGGAAACACAAAAUUCUUCCCGGUUGGAGAAGAAGGCAAGAGCCUCGAACAAGCUUCUCGCCUUCCUGAGCUGCUGCACCACGACCGAUAUCGAUAGCGAAGACGCUACUCAGCCUCCCAAGAAGACCCUCAAACGUCCGAUCGUCGCGAACCGACAGCCAACCCCUGAAAAGCCCGACGUCAAUGCCGGUGACUCAAGUACUGCAGAGUCAAGGGAGCAUCAGGAGUUCAGCGAUGAAAAGCAGAGUCUGACAGUCUUUUCGAACCAACCGUCUGCCGGCAUCGAAGUCGAUCACACCGUCAUCUCACCGGGCGCCGCUGCUCAGCUUGAUGGUGCCGUCUCCAGCACGGGCCCAUCUCCCCCGGAGCCGACGCAGACUCAAGACUUUGAAGAAGAUCAGGCAAAGGUGGAUGUUGUUACCACAACUCAGACAACAACAGCAGCAACAACGACCACGACGCCGCCGCCUGAUGUCGCUGCUGCUGCUGCUACCGUUGCCGCUGUCGGUUCCGCUGACGAGGCUAUUCAGACCGAGGAUUAUGCUAAACCGCUGGACAAGCAACCGGAUUCUCACCCUGCCGUUGUGGAAGACGAGAUUGUCCCGGAAGAUAACUCCAUCGGGGCCCAUCAGGAUUCCGAUAGAGAAAGCACUGGCGACGAUGGGCAAUAUUCCUCGCAUGAAGAACUUGCUGUUACAAUGCCAACCCUUCCUCCGCCGCCUCUUGGGCCGACAGAUGGGCAAAAGCAGUGGCUACUGCCUCCCCAGGAAGUUCCUCUCCUGGGUCGCAAAUGUCUGGUUCUUGAUCUAGACGAGACGUUGGUUCAUAGUAGUUUCAAGGUGCUGGACCGUGCGGAUUUCACGAUUCCUGUUGAGAUCGAGGGCCAAUAUCAUAACAUCUACGUGAUCAAGCGCCCGGGAGUUGACCAGUUCAUGAAACGAGUGGGCGAACUGUACGAGGUCGUCGUCUUCACUGCAUCUGUCUCUAAAUACGGGGAUCCAUUACUGGACCAAUUAGAUAUCCAUCACGUUGUUCACCAUCGUUUAUUCAGAGACAGUUGCUACAAUCAUCAGGGAAAUUACGUCAAGGUAUUCGGUCGCGAUCUUCGAGAGACAAUCAUUAUCGACAAUUCCCCGACCUCAUACAUAUUCCACCCUCAACACGCGAUACCAAUUAGCAGCUGGUUCUCUGACGCUCAUGACAACGAGCUUCUUGAUCUGAUCCCUGUUCUCGAAGACCUUGCCGGCGCUCAUGUCCAAGAUGUCAGCCUCCUUCCCCCGCACCUGAUGAGCUCCGACUCGCCGAACGACAACCACGACGCAUCUGCGACGAUGAAGGACAGCAAGGGAUGGGAUGGCAAACAACGAUACGAGCCCACGGCGGUGAUCACGAACCCAGAAGCCUUAGAAGAUCCAGAUUAUUCCGAUCCCGAGGCGCCACCAGUGGAGGAGAUCGAAGCGGAUGAGGAUCUUCUUGAAGAUGAGGACCGGGAUGUUGAAAAACUCUGCCUACGACAAAACCAAAUCAGUCGCAUCGAUUUCCCCCCCUCUGUCGCCGCCUCUCUGAGCGAACUCGAUCUCUACGACAAUCUGAUUUCACACGUGAAGGGACUCGACGAGUUCCGCGAGUUGACCAGUCUGGACCUCAGCUUCAACAAGAUCAAACAUAUCAAGAACAUCGCGCACCUCGUCAAACUGACGGACCUGUACUUUGUGCAGAAUAAGAUAUCCAAGAUCGAGGGUCUGGAGGGGUUAUCUGUUUUGAGGAAUUUGGAACUGGGUGCGAAUCGGAUUAGGGAGAUUGAAAACCUCGAGACGUUAUCUGCUCUAGAAGAGUUAUGGCUGGGCAAGAACAAGAUUACAGAAAUGAAGAACCUCUCCUCCCUCCAGAACCUCCGCAUCAUCUCCAUCCAAUCCAACCGGCUGACGAGCAUCACGGGCCUGUCCGACCUUCCGAACCUAGAAGAGCUGUACAUCUCGCACAACGCCAUCACCGAGCUGACGGGACUAGAGGCGAACACGGCGCUGCGUGUGCUUGAUUUCUCGAACAACCAGGUCUCGAAACUGGAGCAUAUCUCGCAUCUAGCCAAACUCGAAGAACUCUGGGCGUCGAACAACCAGCUCGCCAACUUUGACGAGGUGGAGCGCGAACUCCGCGAUAAGGAACAUCUCGAGACGGUCUAUUUCGAGGGGAACCCGUUGCAGAUGAAGGCGCCGGCCCUGUAUCGCAAUAAAGUGCGGCUUGCGAUUCCGCAUAUCAUGAAGAUUGAUGCCAGUACGUUUCACCGUACCCAUGCUACUCUUAAUCGUAACCAUGCUGACCUUUGCUAG